UCAGGUGGCGAGGACGGUGGGCUCUAUUUUCUGGCAUCAAAGCCCAGAUCCUAUGCACAGCGCUGAGAGCCGCCCCAGCUGGCUAGGCCGUCCUGCUUUAGGAUUUCUACUGGCUGCAGACUGCGGGAAGCACCCGGGGAGACCCUCCAACGACAAUGACAGGGUCUUACUCUGUUGCCCAGGCUGACCAUGAACUCAUGAAUUCUCCUGCCUCAGUCUCCCAAAUGCUGACAUUACAGAAGGAAGUGACCUUUGAGGAUGUGGCUGUGAACUUCACCAUGGAGGAGUGGGCUUUGCUGGAUCCAUCCCAGAAGAAGCUCCACAGAGAUGUGAUGUGGGAAAACUUUAGGAAUCUGGCUGCUAUAGGAGGAAACUGGGAUGACCAGCAAAUUGAAGAUGAGUACAAAAAUUUCAGGAAAAAAUUAAGAAGUGCAGAUGUAGAUAAGUGCUCUCAAUAUAAAUUAUGGUAUCAACAUGGAAAAAUGGUUUUUAUGAUUCCUGAUACAAAUGUGCACAUGAAACUUCUUGGUAUAAAAGCAGGUGAAAACCUUGCAUAUGGAAAGCCUGUGAUUGGUCAUUCAUCACCAACCAUGCCUAUCAUACAUAAUGCUGGACUCAAAUCAUAUGAACUCCAUGGAUUUGAACAGAAGCUGUCUAACUGUAACAGACAUGAGAAUACCUCCACUGACUUUCAGUCCAUUCAGAAACAUGCAGAGUCAGAUCCUGAAGAAAAACGCUAUGGAUAUAAGCUAUGUGGAAAAUCCUACUCUGAUUAUAUUGAAGGAAGUAACACUGAAGAAAAAUCCUUUGAAUAUAAGCAAGAUGUGAGAACCUUCAGUACACCCAACUAUGUUCAAGUUCAGGAAAGAAAUGACAUUAGGGUGAAUACCUAUAUAUAUAUACAACAUGGAAAAGGUUUGAAUUCUCACCAUAAUAUUCAGGAACAUGAAAGAGCUCACACUGGAACAAAAUCCCCUGUAUAUAAACACUGUUGGGAAUCCUUAAAUAGCAAUACUCCAUUUAUUCAUCAUGAAAGAACUCACAUUGAAGGAAAACCCUAUGUAUGUAAGCAAUGUGGGAAGGCUUUUAACAAACAGAGUCGUUGUCAAAGACAUGAACGAACUCACACUGGGGAGAAGCCAUAUGUUUGUAAGCAAUGUGGGAAAGCUUUCAGCACACAAAGUUAUUGUAAAAUACAUGAAAGAGCUCACACUGGAGAGAAACGUUACGUAUGUAAGCAAUGUGGGAAGAACUUCAUCUCACAUUCUUCUUGUCAGAAACAUGAACAAACUCACAGUGAGAAUAAACACUAUAUAUGUAAGCAAUGUGGAAAAGCUUUCAGCAUGCACAGUAAUUGUCAAACACAUGAAAGGACUCACACUGGGGAGAAACCCUAUGUAUGUAAGCAGUGUGGGAAAGCUUUCACCACACGCAGUUAUUGUCAAAGACAUGAACGAACUCACAUUGGGGAGAAACUGUUUGUAUGUAAGCAAUGUGGGAAAGCUUUUAGCACACAUGGUUCUUGUCAAAUACAUGAACAAACUCACACUGAGGAGAAAUGCUAUAUAUGUAAGCAAUGUGGGAAAGCUUUCAGCACACACCGUUAUUGUCAAAGACAUGAACGAAAUCACACUGGGGAGAAGCCCCAUAUAUGUAAGCAAUGUGGGAAAGCUUUCAGGACACAGAGUCAUUGUAAAAUACAUGAAAGGACUCACACUGGGGAGAAACCCUAUGUAUGUAAGCAAUGUGGGAAAGCUUUCACCAGGCACAAUCAAUGUAAAAUACAUGAAAGGACUCACACUGGGGAGAAACCCUAUGUAUGUAAGCAAUGUGGAAAAACUUUCAGGACACAGAGUCAUCGUAAAACACAUGAAAGGACUCACACUGGGGAGAAACCCUAUGUAUGUAAGCAAUGUGGGAGAGCUUUCACCACACACAGUUCUUGUCAAAAACAUAAAAGCACUCACACUGGGGAGAAGCCCUAUGUAUGUCACCAAUGUGGGAAAGCUUUCAGCAGGCGUAGUGAAUGUAAGAUACAUGAAAGAAUUCACACUGGGGAGAAACCCUAUGUAUGUAAGCAAUGUGGGAAAGCUUUUGGGACACAAGGUAAUUGUCAAAAACAUGAAAAGACUCACACUGGGGAGAAACCAUAUGUAUGUAAGCAGUGUGGGAAAGCUUUUACCAGACAUAGUCAUUGUCAAAAUCAUGAAAGGAUUCACACUGGGGAGAAACCCUAUGUAUGUAAGCAGUGUGGGAAAGCUUUCACUACUCACAAGGAUUGUCAAAGGCAUGAAAGGAAUCACAGUGUAGAAACCCUACGUAUGCAAGUAAUAUAGAAAAACUUUUCAGUUACUCUAGUAUAAUCAUCAUAUGCUUUAAAAAAAAGAGGAAAUUAACUUUGAAUAUAUAAAGUGACUUGCAAUGAACUGAAAUGACAGUGCAGAGAAGCCCUUUCUUUGUAUGCAUAUAAAAAAUCUUUCAGUACACGUGUAUUAUUACAUCCCUGAAAUAAUUCAUAGAACAGAGAAUGAACAGUAUGGGAAAUGUUUUUUUUUCUCAAUGCAUUCAAGUUAAUGAAAAUUCACAAGAGAGGAAAGCCAUGUGUAUGCAAUAAAUAUAGGAACCCUUCCAUUUUCCACAUACCUUGAAAAUAGUGAAAGAACUCCCACUGAAGAGAAAGCCUAUGUAAAUAAUGUGUGAAUGCUUUUUGUGAUCCUCAUAACAUCAGAAAACAUGCACAAACUUAAAAUGAGAUUUAGUAUAAAUACCAAACAUGAGAGAGCUAAGAGUCAGAAUGACCAAGAUAGGUGUGUUAGGGAUGAGAUAACACUUUCAAAGCACACAUGCAGAGAAUGUCUUUCUCCAAUAUAUUUAUGGAUUAAUGGACUGAUGAGUUUGGAAAGUGCAUUAUAAUGUUAAAUUCAGAGUAACAAAGCACCUUGUAUCCAAGUCUUCAAUACAUGGCCUUUAAGGGACAUUUUACAUGCAAACCAUUGCCUUAGUUAUAAGGUAAAGUGAAGUUUAUUCACACAGUGAAAUUUUAUUGUCUCAAAUGAAAUCCUCCAUUUGUGACAAUGUAGAUUAACCAAAACGUCAUUAUGUGAAAUGUGCCAUGCAUAGAGAAAACUUGAUCAUCUUUGUUUUUAGCAUCUAAAAUUGACAACUUUAAAGAGAGAGUUUAGUGAUGGUUGCCAUGUGUGUAGGUGGGUAAGUUGAUGUUAAUGAGAAAGCACAAUGUUUUUCUUCUAGAGUACAAAAUGGCAUAAAUCCUGUAGUUACUACAGGGAUUGAUGCAGUGCCACACAGAAUUAUAAUUUGCUAGAAGUUGUUUUUAGUGUUUUCUCCAUAUACCCAAAAGGUAAUUGUGUUAGGUGAUGGAAAUGCUAUCAAAGAAGAAUGUGAUAAUUUUGCAAUAUAAACAGCAACACAUCACACUGUAAACAUUCAAUACAUGAUUUUAUUAUUUUUUGUUAAAUGAAAUGAAUAAAAUUAAGUUAGCAAAAAUAACAUCUAUGGUUUCAUGAUGUGUCCACAGAAUCUCUUCAGUUUUUACAAAUGUAAUUUAGUUUAUACUAUAUUUAUUUCUGAAAGUAUUCAGUAUUAGUUGGUCCAAAGGUUGUUGGAUAUUCUUAAAAGUGUUGAUUAUUUUGGUGAGAUUUAUACUUGGUUCAUUGGAAAUGUAAAAUAGUUUUUUGAAGAUAUAAUUUGGAAACAAUUGACAUUUUCCUGAGUUCAUUUCAUCCCAUUUUGACAGAAAAUUGUUAUAUAUGUGUUCAGAAAACUUUCUACAUUUUAAAAGCACUUAAGCUUGUUUGUCUGAUUUAAUUCACUUAACAUGUUUUCAAAGUGUAUCCAUUUUCCUAUGAAUGGCCUGAAUAUACCCUUCUUUAUAGCCAAGUAGUAUUCCAUUAUGUAUAGAGACCAUAUUUUAUUCAUUCAUCUGUUAAUGGACAUAUACAAGGAAACAGCUCAUUGGCAAAUGUAAGGGAUUAGGAGGCCAAGGAUGGGAAGAAGGAGAUGUAAGAUUUCAUGUCAUGUACCAAGUGUUGACAAUGAAUGCAGUCUUUAUAUGUCAAAAACAUAAUAAUGAUAAUAAAUUUAAUAAUGAUGAUGAAAUGAGGAAAGGUGAUCUCAAGCCAGAGGGAGGGUGGUAGGUGAGGAGGGGAGGAGAAAUUGUAAGAAUCAAAUACAUAGGCCUGGUCUCUAAGAUAAAUGUGGACAUGUACUCCAAACGUGUAUUAAUUAAGAAGCAUAAUACUUAAAUAUUUAAAGACAUUUCAUACUUUUUUCUGCUUCCUAAAGAUUUAUCAGAAGAUGUGUUGAAAAUAUGUAAAAUGCCUUUGGACCUCUGUUGCAGGUUUCUUUAGUACUGAAUUCCUUAUAAACAUCUAUCUUUGUCAUAGGCUCCAACUAAAUGUAUUGACACCGAUUAAGCAGCAGUCCAUUGCGUGCACUUCAAUUGGUUACCCAUGGCAGUGAUUAUGUGAUUUUGUGAGGGGGAUGAAGUAGGUAUACACAUGCACCAGGUCAUGUGCGUCUAUCAGGUUGCAUUAGCAAACCGGAACAUGUAAUGUUUUUACUAUCUGGAUUCGACCAUGGCUAUUUGUAUGCCAUACCAUUCAACAAAAUAUAUAGACCCUGUCUUAGUACAUGGUACCAAACCUAACCAAAAUACCAUAGGAUUGUUUACUUUAUGAAUUAAUUUUCUCCCAGUAGUGAAACCUAGGAAAUUCUGUAACAAAGCACUGACAACUUCAAUAUCUAGUGAGACAUUGUUUCCAUAUGGUGACUUUUAGCCGAGUUCUCACAAGACAGGGAGGUGUACAAGGUGUCAUUGGCCUCUUUUACACGUAUAUGUGUCAUUGUUGAGGUUUCUUCACUCAUGACAAAUUCCAGAGACCUCACCUCCUCGUACCAUCACCUUGGGAAUGAGGUUCUAAAAAAUGCAUUUUGGGGUAACUAAACAUUCAGAACACAGAAACCAUUAUAUGAGGUUUUAUUGUGUUGAGCAGUGUAGUGGAUUGCAUGAGACUGUGUGUGUCCUCCAGCAGUUUUUAUGCUGAUAUACAGUACACACUUAAAAGUAUUUUGAAGACAAAAAUUUAAGCAAUCUUUUUCAAUUAGAAUUUAGAAAUAAUGCAAUUGUAGAUGUCAUGAACUGAAUUAGGCACAAAUUAUUCUUGAAAAGACAACUUUGAUCACCAUUUAUUUUGAGGUCCUCAAAUAGUAAAAGUAAAUGACAGAGGUUUUUGCCAGGCUCAUAAAAUAAUUUCCCAUGUUAUCAGUGCCUGCUGCCUGAAAUUGAGCUCUUAGCAUAGCCAAAAAUUGUUACAGAAGGCAGAAAAAGAAUGUUCAAGGUGCAGUUUCUGAGGUCAUCAGAGGAUCAGCAUAGAAUCUGCAGUGUGAUGUAAGUUUUAAUUUCACUAUUAUUUCAGGCUAGUACAGUAUAUUUCCAAAUGCAUUUCAUUUCCCCACUUGCCAAUUCUUUUCCAAAGGAAUUUCAGCAUGGUCACACCUCUCUCUUAACUAAAAUACCUGACUUCUAUCAAACCCACUCCAUUAACUUCUACACCAGUGAGUUCUACAUGCUCUGAGUAAUAUAACCCUACUCGGCAUUUUCCACCUUCCUCUACCACCUCACAGCUUAGUGUAGUAAUGUCUUUAUUGGCUUCUUUCAAAAUGAAAACACCCCACUAGGUUUUUAAGGGGCACAUUUCACAUCUGUGGCCUUUUUCCAUCUUUCAGACCUAAUUUGUAGAAUGUGUAGUGAAGGCCAGAAUUAUUUCUUUAGCAAGCAUAUCAAAAGUUCAAGUCUGCAUUCAAUGCCCUGUAAACAUGUAUUUAGAAAGUGUGUACAUCCAGUAUGCAGGUCUUUGUCCAUGCAUUAUAUUUGGAAUCUUCUAAAGGACCUUUUUCAGGUGCAGUUUUGACUGCUUUUACUGAUGAGGCACCUGAAGCCCGAGAAAUAUGAAAAUAUCUCAAGUUCUCAUAAGUUACUCUGGAGAAGUGAAAAUGUAUGUGUAUGUUAUGAAUAUACUUAUCCCUAUAGUGGGCUCUACACCACCAGGAAGAUUUAAUUUUUUAAUAUAUAAUUUUAAUAUAUAUUUUAAUACAUUUAAUUUUUUAAUAUAUCCCCCCAAAGGGGGGGGGUUCUGUCCAAUCAACUUCAACAUGCUCUCAUAUUCAUACUUCCAGGAUGCUGCUGUCUUAUCCUGGAAUGGGAAUAAUAAUGGCUUUCUUAUUCAGUCAAGAAUAUGAGUGCUUUUAUAUAUUUUCUGUUCUUAUAUCAUAGUGUCAAAUAUAAGGAACUAAAAAGAACCUAAACACAUCCACUACACAUUUUCAGGUUGGAAAUUCCAAGAGCAUGGCACAAAAAUGUAGUCAAGUCUUCUGUUCUACACAGUACAUGAAGGGCAGAUAAGCAUAUGUGAGAUAAAAAGCAAGGGAAAGCUGUGCUGAUGCUAACUGUAAGCCAUUCUCAUGUUGAUAACAUCACUGUUCUCAUCAGGGAAAAGCACUCAUGCUCUUCACAUUUUACUGGGCCCAUAGCUCAACUGUCAUCAUUAGAUAUUCAGUUUGCAAUGCAGGAAUUUUGGGGAAUGUACUAAAUCUCAUAAUGGGUUAAUGGUUUGAAAUCUGAGAUGAGCCAGUUAGAAAUCCAGAGGACAAAAAUGUUUACAGUUACCCUUCAAUUUCCACAUUUGUAGAGACUGAAACCACGGUGUUGGUCAGUGUCUAUUUAUUGCUGUAUUGUCAUGAGAUUGCAUGACAGUGUGAUCCAGUCUUUCGGUAUACAUUACAUUCAUUUCCUUAAAAUAAAUUUCUCAUAUCACACAAAUAUAUCCAAUAUUCAAAACAGUAACAACACGGUUGAGUGAAAAGAAUCAAUUAGCUUGGGAGUAUUCAAAGAGUUUGUCUAAUGAGUGACUCUUCAAUGCCUUCCAUAGAAUGAUGUGCAUCUGCAUGGGAAGUAAAUGCAAUGGAAUACAUGCAUUGAUUACUAAGGCAUCUUUAUAAAGCCCUUGAUAAAUGAAAGUACUCUUUGUAGAAGAAUAUUACAGGAAGGGAAAUAUCAUGGAGAGCAGAAUUGGAGAGAAAGUGGGUGGAGUGUGUUCUAUGCACCUUAAUGUAUUCCUCAAUACUCUUUUCACUGAAAUAUUGAAGUGUAAUUCUACUCUCUUCUACCUCUAUUUUGUCUUUCUCUGGCCCAUGUGCCAUGACUCAUGAAUUGUUCUGUCAUCUGGUCUUUCCCUCAGUCUCCAUUUAUUCUCCAAAGGAGAAUCUUUUGUGACUUGAUUUUGUCAUGUCCAGAGUGUACUCGUGUUAUUAUGGAUCCUAUUAUGAAAUGCCUUGGUAUAUGCCCAUCUUCUGGUUGAACUGAAAUAUUUAAAAUUAAAGGAAAAGUUCUGGCUCAUCUCUAUCUCCUGUGAAAACUUUCUAAGCUCUCUGGCCAGGGAGCCUUGCAGAGUGAAUGUUUAACUCUUGUAGAAAAGGCAGUAGGACUGGAGAAUACAGUCAUGGGAAAUGACUUCACCGACAAAACAAAAAUAAGCAACAUGUUACCUGUCCUACACACAAAUGCCUUGAUACCUUUAUAUACUGUAGGUUUAAUGAAGUGAAAAUUGAGGGAUAGAAAAAAUGUCAAUUUCCAUAUCCACAAAGCUGUGUCUGGGGUCAUACUGAUGGCCACAGUUACGGAGAUUGUGAUACAUAGACAGGAAAAAAUAAAACAAAAGUGCCCAGUCAGAGGUGGUGUCUGGGUGAUGGUAAUGACUACUUUUCGUUCAACAAAAUCUGACACCCAUUUGUGAUAAAAACCAUAAAGAAAAUUGAAAUAGCUGGUCUUUAUCUCAACAUGAUAUCAACAUUAUCUCAAGAUGAUAAAAGCUAUCUAUGAACAGCCAACAUCAUACUAAAUGGUCAAAAACUAAAAUCUUUCACACUAAAAUCUUUC